AUGGCCUCCACAAAGAUGGCCGUAAAGAGGCCAUCGAUAGGUUCCAAAACCGUUGGCGGCAAACGUAGAUCCUCAUCUGGUGUUCAACCCGGCGACCCUCUCCCUCCUCGUAAAUCUCACAAAUUCAAACCGGGCACCGUAGCUCUCCGCGAAAUUCGCAAAUACCAAAAAUCUACCGACCUGUUACUGCGCAAACUCCCCUUUUCCCGAUUGGUCCGAGAGAUCUGUGCGGAUCAGAUAGAUAUCGUGAAUACGCAGUUUCAAAGGUCGAAUGAGAGUAUGAGGUGGCAAAGUCAGGCUUUGUUGGCACUUCAGGAGGCGGCGGAGGCGUUCAUGGUACAUUUGUUUGAGGAUGCGAAUCUAUGCGCUAUCCAUGCUAAGAGGGUUACGAUCAUGCAGAAGGAUAUUCAGUUGGCUAGGAGGAUUAGAGGUGCUUUUGGGGGGUUGGGUUAA